AUGUGCUCCCUUUGGAAGAGAGAAGGGAUAGCGGCGGCUUUGAGCAUCAAAAUUCUUUUUCAUCAAACUCGUUUCCGUUCGGUUGCCUAUUUCUUUUCGGAUGAGAAUGGAAAGAUCGAAUUGGGAAAGGAUCCCGUUGUGUUUGGAAUGUACAAUGGCAUUGAUCGAAUGGGUCUCUUCACCUCAAUUUACACUCAUCCAGCCGAGAAACAAACCGCGAAACUUGUCCUUUCGCCAUUACCAAACGAAUUGAAAUAUUCUCUCACUUUGCACAAAAGAGAAGAAAGAAAAGUGCUAGCUGAGACAGCAAUAAUUCGCCGAAUUCUUCACGAAAAUGUCCAACGAGUGAUCCUAAAACACCAAAUUUUAGAAGGAACCUUAUACAUCCCAAAAGUGACAGGUAAUCAGAAACUUCCUUGUGUUCUCGAUUUGUACGGAGUGGCGAUGGGCACAAGAGAACAUCGAGCAGCUAUCCUUGCAGCACACGGCUAUUGUGUGCUUGCUCUUGCAAUUUUUGGGAGUGGAAAAUUGAGUAAACGACACGAGGAUGUUACUUCGGAAUAUUUACAAUCAGCCGUCGACUAUCUCGUCUCUCUUCCAUUCACCCAGAAUCAUUGUGCAAUCGUUGGCACAUCAUUUGGUGGAACUUUAGGCUACCAUCUACUAUUCAAGAAACCAGAGGUUUUUUGUGCUUUGAGUAUCAACGGUCAACGCGGUCAUUACAUGGUCUCUCAAAUGAACGAGAAUGGAGAGAAAUUACCAUUUACACCUGUUCUUCCUCAAAAUUUACCCAAUAUCAAAUUCUCGAAAGGUUUCAUUUCUUACGGAGAAAUGUAUGGUUCUUGUGAAUUAGACGAUGAGCACAUGCUUCAAUUCGAGAAUCUUCGCUCUCAUCAAAGAUUAGGUUACAUUGCGGGUGGUCAAGAUCGUGCAAUUGAUGGGCUUGUCCAAGGGAGAGAAAUAGAGAAAAUUCUACGUGAUUCAGGAAAAAUCUCCCAAUAUUCUCUACUAGAAUUGCACGAUUGUGGGCAUAUUAUUGAUCCACCAUAUCUUCCAUUAAAUGAUUAUUUAUAUCAAGGAGGUUUCGAAGAUCUUCAGCUAAGGACAAUCACUUUUCAGGUCGUUAUAUGGCAUUUGGUGGAGAGCCGUACUCGCACGGAU